UAAAUUUGUGUAGACACAGACUUCCUGUGAUUUAAAUUACGAAAGUGUUUGGCAGUUUAAUGGGUUCACUUGCAUUGUAGGCGAACAUUUAUAGUAUUGAAGCGUUUUAUAUUGUACAGCUGACACAAAUAUUAACAGUUUUAUACAGCUGAGCUAAAAGUACCGCCUACAAAUUGGUUCAAGUGUGGACUAGACACACCAAGUCGUUGUAACCAGCAACCUUGCUUUAGUAAUAGUCGAGGCUUUACCUUACGAUGUUCGCCAAAUCACUUUCGUAACUUGAUUCAUCUUUAUCGACAAAGGAAUUUAAAAUGUGGCUUGCAGUUUUGUUGUUUUUCGUUUUUGUGGUGACUUAUGUGAUACAACAAGUGAAAAAACCACCUAAUUUUCCUCCAGGUCCUUACUGGUUACCAUUCGUUGGUAACCUCCCCCAGCUCAAGAAACUCUCAAAAAAACUAGGCGGACAACACCUCGCGUUAUCACAUCUAGCCAAAGAAUACAACACCAACGUCUUAGGCCUCAAAUUAGGAAAGGACUAUGUUGUAACAGUUUUUACAUAUCCCCUCAUACGGGACGUCCUAAUUAGCGAAGAAUUCGAAGGAAGACCCGACAACUUCUUUCUACGUCUUCGGUGCAUGGGCCAAAAAAGAGGCAUCACUUGCACCGAAGGCGAAGAAUGGAACACGUUACGAAACUUUGUAAAUCGCCACUUGCGAAACUUAGGUUUCGGGAAAAAACCAAUGGAAAAAAUGAUCCAAGACGAGAUUUGCGACAUUCUAACAAUUCUGAAAAAGGACGGGUCCGACAUUCAAGUCGAUAAAUUUUUGGCUCCUUGUGUCCUAAGUGUUAUUUGGACGUUAAUUACGGGAGAAAAAAUUUCAAGGGAAAAUAACCAAUUGGACGAAUUGUUGGAUUUGUUUAAUUUGAGGUCGAAAGCGUUUGAUAUGACUGGAGGUACUCUAACACAGUAUCCCUGGUUAAGGUAUUUUUUGCCCGAAUGGAGUGGCUUCAAUUUGAUAAAGUCGGUAAACACGAGCUUGAAAAAUUUGUUUAUGAAAUAUAUUCGCGAGCAUAAAGAUGGGUGGUUUGAGGGGAGAAACGAAGACUUGAUAUAUCGCUACAUUUCCGAAAUGAAGACCAAUACAGAAGCCUCCAAAUAUUUCACAGAUGAUCAUUUGGUUAUGGUCUGUGUGGACCUAUUUAUAGGCGGUGCCCAAACCACUAGUCGGACUUUAGGGUUUGCUUUCCUUAUGAUGAUUAUGUAUCCAGAAGUGCAGAAAAAAGUGCAAGAGCAAAUUGAUAAGCAUUAUGAUAAGAAUUCAUCCAUUGAGUAUUCUGAUCGUUACAAGUUACCUUAUGUUGAAGCAGUAUUAUUAGAAACAAUAAGAUAUCGGUACGUAGUUCCAAUCGGGGGACCCCGAAGAGUCACAAAAAACACCACAUUAGAUGGCUACUAUUUACCAAAGAACACGACUGUUUUAAUUAGUUUUUAUUCAAUCAACAACGACCCCGAAAACUGGCAAAACCCCGAAAUUUUUAACCCGGAACGUUUUCUAGACGAGAAAGGUUCAUUACUUCCCGACGAAAAACUAAUCCCUUUUGCUUUAGGGCGUAGACGUUGUGUUGGCGAAAUCUUAGCAAAAAACUGCAUUUUUUUGUUGUUUGUUGAAAUUUUGCGACGGUAUAAUGUGUCUUUAGCCCCCGGUUCGAAGCCUCCGACUGGAAAACCUAUAGCAGGAAUUACUUUAUCUCCAGAAAGCUACAGAGUUAAGUUUACGGAACGGUCGUUAUAAAUAUGUAUUGAACUUAGCAAGGUUAAAUACUCGAAUGAUAGCCAAAUGUAAAAUAGUGACGUCAGACACGUGUUCUAGUCCUACAUGUUGUACAUUCCGAAUGCUUGGAGACGGAUCGAGUUAUGUAAUAGUGGCCUGUUUAAAGUUCACUGUCAAUAAAAACUGAUUAAUUAGUUGCGAA